GAAAUAGCAACUUCUCUUCAGUUUGAUUCCUUUUCCAGGCAGGACGGUCGAGGCUCCGGAAGCUCUGAGGCCAGCUUGCCAGGUCCUCUGCUAGAGGCCUGCCAUGGCACCUCUGAGGCCCUUCCUCAUACUAGCCCUGCUGGCAUGGAUUUCUCUAGCUGACCAAGAGUCAUGCAAGGGCCGCUGUGCGCAGGGGUUUGUGGCCUCCAGGAAGUGUCAGUGUGACGAGCUUUGCAGUUACUAUCAGAGCUGCUGUGCUGACUAUAUGGAGCAGUGCAAGCCCCAAGUGACUCGGGGGGAUGUGUUCACUAUGCCGGAAGAUGAGUACUGGAACUAUGAGUAUUCAGAGGGGACCGGGAAUGGCACCAGCUCCCCUGUGCAACCAGAAAGCGUUCCUCCGCAGCCCCCAACUGAAAGCACUUCAAAGCCAAGAGCUUUCCCGAAGCCUGAGGAACAGGCUCCCGAACCGCAGGCAGGCAUCCCAGAACCUGAAGUGGGGUACCAGGAAAGGCCUGACACCACUGAUCAAGGGACCUCUGACUUCCCAGAGGAAGAGUUGUGUAAUGGGAAGCCCUUUGACGCCUUCACGGACCUCAAGAACGGUUCCAUCUUUGCCUUCCGAGGGCAGUACUGCUAUGAGCUAGAUGAAACGGCGGUGAAGCCUGGGUACCCCAAACUCAUCCGAGAUGUCUGGGGCCUCGAGGGUCCCAUUGAUGCUGCCUUCACUCGCAUCAACUGUCAGGGGAAGACCUACUUUUUCAAGGGAAGUCAAUACUGGCGCUUCGAAGAUGGUGUUUUGGACCCUGACUAUCCCCGGAACAUCUCUGAAGGCUUCAUUGGCAUACCAGACAAUAUCGAUGCCGCUUUAGCCCUUCCUGCCCACCGCUACAGUGGCCGGGAGAGAGCCUACUUCUUUAAGGGGAAGCAGUACUGGGAGUACGAAUUCCAACAGCAGCCCAGCCAAGAGGACUGCGAAGGCAGCUCUCUGUCAACCGUGUUUGAGCGCUUUGCCUUGCUUCACCGAGGCCGUUGGGACAACAUCUUUGAGCUCCUCUUCUGGGACAGUUCCUCAGAAGGCACCAGCGGACCCCAGUUCAUCAGCCGGGACUGGCAUGGUGUGCCAGGGAAAGUGGAUGCUGCUAUGGCCGGCCACAUCUACAUCGCAGACUCCACACCUCAUGCCUUCCCGGCCAAAAAAAAGAAGUCUAGGCGCCGCAGCCGAAAACGCUACCGUUCUCGCCAUGGCCGCCGCAGCCGCCGCAGCCUGAAUUCCCGUCGUUCAUCGCUUUCAUCCUGGUUCUCCUUGUUCUCUAGUGAGGAGAGUGAUCUAGGAACCUACAAUGAUGAUUAUUAUGAUAUGAACUGGCUCGUACCUGCCACCUGUGAGCCCAUUCAGAGCGUCUACUUCUUCUCUGGAGACAAGUACUACCGAGUCAACCUUAGAACGCGGCGCGUGGAUUCUGUGAACCCUCCAUACCCACGCUCUAUUGCUCAGUAUUGGCUGGGCUGCUCAGUCCCUGAAAAGUAGGAGUCAGCCCACACAGCGGAGACUCAGAAAACCCAUCCUUCAGCCUUUUCCUUCCAGCCCAAUAAAGUCUGUUGGCCCUGA